UUCUGCAAAGCAAAGUAGAACCAGUAGCUUUCAAGAUCUCCUUACAUGAUGUUUUUAUUUUAACCCGAUUAGAAGACUUGCGUCGAAAAUCGUUGCAGAAUCGGCAAUAACUACAGUUCGGUAUCCUAAAGAAGCUAUCCAGAUACAAAAUCAAUCCUUUGACUAAAAGAUGGUUUCAAAUGAUUUCCUGGAAAACAACUUGACGACGAGUUCGUCGUUACCAUUGGCAGUAAACAAUUCCAAUUCUUCUCGAAGUUCCCUUGACAAACAUUACAUUAACAUUUUGAUUUCCUCCAUUGUUAUCAACGGCCUGGUUUCUACUAUAGCGACGUUUCUAAACUGCUUGAUCAUCCUAACCUUUUUCAGGACAUCGUCUCUUCGAGAAACACCCGCUAAUGUUCUUAUCCUUGGUCUGGCAAUCGCUGACUUUGGUGUGGCCAUUUUCUCGCAGCCAGCGUUUUGCAUAGUACGCAUUGCCAACUUGAGACAAGAUUCGCUCUUAUUUCGGUCUGCAGAUACAGCUUUCGUAGCAAGCUUUUCUUUGUUUGGUUAUGUUUCUUUAAGCACUUACACUUUAAUCACAGUUGAUCGAUCGAUUUUUGGCUGUUCGCCUUCACUUGCGAUACAACGAGCUUAUCACCUUUCAAUGUGUGCAUUGAACGUCAUUUCCUUCUUUAAGAUAUCUCAAGUCAUCCGCAAGCAUUCCCAACAGAUCCAAGCCCAACAGCAAUCAUUACAACAGUCUAUAGACAUGCCYAGAUACAAGAAAUCCGUCAACACCAUGUACUAUGUGAUAGUGAUCCGCAAGCAUUCCCAACAGAUACAUGCCCAGCAGCAAUCACUACAACAGUCUAUAAACAUGCCCAGAUACAAGAAAUCUGUCAACACUUUGUUCUAUGUGAUCGGAUCAUUUUUAUUUUCCUAUGUGACAAUGGGGCUUGCUUUUUUCUCCUUUUUGGUAGUGGGAUAUAUGUCUCUUGAGGUGCGUAUUAUGUUUAAAGUGGCCAAUACGCUUGUACUGUGCAAUGGGCUACUCAAUCCAAUUAUCUAUUGUUGGCGAAUCGAAGACAUACGUAAGGCAGCGCUUCAACUUGUACGUGGGAGAGAAAAUGAUGUCAGUCAACUUACGUAA